UUUCAGUUUGGUUUUGAGUCUGCGCGCUGGAAGUUGUGCUGAUCGCGUUUGGAUUCUAAACUUGCAUGCUGAGCGAUGAGGUCGUGGCCUGGCCUUUUCUGGCUGCUGACCCUGGCUCUCCUGGCGGAUGGAGGUCGUCGCGAGUCCCAGCUUCGGAUCGGCAAGGCCAUUAAUAUAUUCCUGCGCUACGGAUACCUGAGCAUCUCCAUGCGCGUAAUACCCCUCAAUGACAAUGUGGAGCCGGAGCGAUGGGUGUUCAAGGAGCCCACGAGGAACAUUUACAGAAACUUGACUGGCCUGGCGGAGAGUAAUGAGGACACCACGCCCGGAAUCUUUCACGGAGACUUUCACAUGGAGUUCUGCGAGAAUCGACGGCAAUUGUUCCAGGCCUAUUUUCGGGAUUUCUCCAUCGAGCGGAUGGGCAAACCGUGGGAGGCGUUCUCGGCCGGAUGGUUUCCGGAUAAUGCGGCCAAGAGGCUGGGCAUCAAUACGUCGUUUAUCGUUGGAGAUUACUCCUAUGUUUUGGUUAGGGUGGUGCGCUUCAGGGAAACAGGUCGUUUUAAUGCCGAGAUCCCAGUGCACCAGGCAAUGGAACCGGAUGUGAAAGCACGAAUGGAUCAAAUGCAAGUCGGGAACCUAAGUUCCGCCAUCCAUUUUAUGGAUCAUGUGGGCACCCACUACGUGAACUCGUACACCACCGGCAAUUCACUGUACCAGGUGUUCGUGUAUAGCCGCAAGAACUACAGCAUGAUCAAGGAGCGGAUCAAGAGUAAGGGCCUGAAUGGGCUCUCCAAGCUGGAUCUGUACAACUACUUUGCACCCUGGUUUGCCGCCCAUCUUGGCCAGAUUCGAUCGGCCAGCGCCAAUGCCACCGUGGAGCGAUGGGCACGGAGAAAGCUGCAGUACGAGUACUAUGUGGUCAAGUAUGUGACCCUAUUAAAACUGCAUGGAAAUAGCACGUUACUGCGAUCGCUGGACUCGCUGCUCGGCAACGAUGCCAUCCUGCAGCUGGACCUCAAGUCCAUAAAACCCAUUUUCCGGGAGCAGCCGGAGAAGGAGAGCUGGUUCCACGAGGUGCUGGACAACCACAUGAAGCUCUGGGAGCUCAACAUGCCGCAGAGCCAUCCAAGCCGAUAGUCCGUAGAGAAUUGUGCCUCUAUUUGCAAUGAUUUAUUUAGUUAACUUUUAAAGAAUACAUAUUCUGUGCGAUAUCUGGCAGCCAAGGAUCAAUAGUUCCUAGAUGCUUAGUUGUAGUUAGGAGCGCUAGCGCGUAGUUAAUGUUCUGCCUGUGAUAGUUUUAGGUAGUUUAAUUGAAACAGAGUACACAUCUGACUUGCAUUUUAGCUGACUUAGCUCUUAAGAUUGCCUUUUUUAUACUCUAAUAAUACUGAUCAAAGUCUACAA